UCUACCUCUGUCGCUCCCUCAGUCCGUCUCUUUUUGGCGCAUUUAAUUUGAAAGCCUGCCCCGAUGCUAUCGUUUGUCGGUUGUAUUUUUUUUCCCCCGUCAAACUACAUGUUUUUCUCUGCAAAACGAAGAAGUUCUGUUUUGAUAGAGGAAACAACAGCCUCCAUAAAGUUCUGUGCGGCAGUUCAAUUUGAAUUUUCGGUAGCAACUGCUGACAAAAAAAGCAGAGCGGGAGAAAAUUGGAAAAUAACCCAAAUAAGGAGUCGCCUACAAGAAUUUCGACUAAUACACAUUAAAGACUAAGGGCUUUCCAAUCGAGGAAACUUGCUCACUCUGACACCUUGACGUUUUGCAAAUUGAAAGUUUUUCGACCCUCUUCUAGUUUUCCAACCCAUUUGCAUUCGUGCCCGGAAUGCGUUCGUUGUGGUUUCUGCUGCUGCUUUCGUUGACUUUCGUCGGCUGUGGCCCAGGUGUUUCAGCUUUGCGUUGCUACCAAUGUGAGGACUGCGAUGAGAACACCCAACUGAGUGAAAUGGAAGUGUGCGAUGGCCCAACUAUGAGUGUCAAUGGACCGGGCACACCUGCCACUUCCAGUUCCAGUCCGAGUCCGAGUCCUGAUCCUGCCGCUCCUGCUCCAGCGGCAUCGCCUUCCUCCGCUGCCCCCGCCCCCUCCUCGCCCGCUUCCUCUGACGUCAGCGAAGAGGAGGAGGACUACGAAAGCGAGGAGCCAGCAGCCGCUGCAACCGGAAACGGAAACGGAAGUGGUGGAGCAGCUGGUGGUGCGACCGGGGAGGUUGUCAGCGAAGAGGAGGAGGAAGAGGACGAGGAGGAGGAGGAGGAGCGGCGCAGGCGGAGAUCGAAUGCCCGACAGGUCGACCUCGAUGUGCCCAUCGCCUCCUGCUACACAGUGAGGCUGAAACUUAACGACACGGUGAUCACCAAGCGGGGAUGCACCACCGCCAGGAUGGGCAAUCAAACAGGUGCCUGUGAUGGACUUCUCGAGAACUGGUCCGUGGCAGGAUGUUCCCUGUGCCAGAACGACGGAUGCAACAAACCCAUUUACGGAUCAUCCAGUCGAAAUAUCGGACAAUCGGGGACAAUCGUGGUGCUCACGCUAAUGGCAUUUAUUGCCCACCAACUGAUGUCACAACCUUAACUGUGGGCAAUCGAUUUAAUAUAGAAAUACAAUAUAUAUAUA